CUAAACAAAACUAGGACCCAUCGACACUCCCAAUGCUCACUCAGUCUCUCUCUCUCUCUCUACCCUCCCUGAAGCUCCCUCACUUUCUCUCUCUACCCUCCUUGAAGCCUACAGCCCAACAAUGGCCAAUCCCCAACAUGAGCAACCCACCAUAGAGAACCCAAAGCUCAGUCUCAUAAUCACCAUAUCCACCUUCUUCUUAGCCAGUAUCUUCCUCAACAUCUCUCCAAAAACCACCCCAACUCUCUCUCUUCAAGGUUUUUGGCCUAAAACUCAAACCCCAAAAGAGACUGUCACUCCAAAACAAACCUGCAACCUCUUUCAAGGCAAAUGGGUCUAUGAUGAAAAGUAUUUCUUUUACAGAGACGAGGAAUGCUCAUAUAUUCACCCUGAAUUCAGCUGUCAAAAAAAUGGGAGAAGAGAUUGGAGGUAUGAGAGAUGGAGAUGGGAGCCUGAUGAGUGUGAGUUAAUGGGGUUUGAUGGGGUGAAGCUUUUAGAGAGAAUUAGAGGGAAAAGAAUGGUUUUUGUGGGUGAUUCUCUCUCUAAAAAUCAGUGGGAGUCGAUGCUUUGUAUGGUUGGGAAUGGGAGUUGGGAGCGAGGGAGAAAGGGGAGGAGAGGGCCUGGUGUUUUUUAUGGGGAUUUUGGUGUUUCAAUUGAGAUUUCAUGGUCUCCUUUUCUGGUGAGGUUUGAGGGGAGGAAUGGGGAGAAUGAGAGUUUGAGUUUGGAUAUGGUGGAUGAGAAUACAGGGGAGUGGAAGGAUGCAGGGGUUCUGGUGUUUAACACAGGGCAUUGGUGGACUCAUCCUAAAAGUGAUAAUUAUUAUAGAGAAAACGGGAGUUUUAUUCCAAUGAUGAAAGAUUGGGAGGCUUACGAGAGAGGGCUGAGAACAUGGGGAAGAUGGGUUUUGGAAAAUGUGGACCCCACCAAAACCCUGGUCUUUUUCCUCACCUAUUCCCCUACCCAUUACAGACAUCAACUUUGGGAGAAGACCACAAAAGGGGCAUGCUUCAACGAAACAGAGGUCAUAGAGGAGAAGUCAAUUAUGGGGAAGGAGUCAUUAGUGGAGAUGGAGUUGAGGAGAGUUGAGAAGGUGGCACAUGUGAUUGAAGACAUGGGGUUGCCUGUGAAGCUACUGAACAUAACAUGGAUGUCUUUGUACAGGAAAGAUGCUCACACUACAAUGUUCAACAAUCGCAAUGGCAAUGGAGCAAGGCUCAUGAGUGGGGAUUAUAGCAUGGUUGAUUGUAGUCAUUGGUGCCUUCCUGGUUUGCCUGAUGUGUGGAACCAUCUACUCUAUGCCUCAAUUAUGGGCGACCAUGACAUAGUGUAAGACAUUUGCUUUUCUUGAAGAAAUAUAUACAUAUUUUGGACCCGGUUUCUAUACGGCCUAGCCCGCAUA